GCCUGUCCAGAUGGACGAAACAAAAAAAAAAAAGUCUGUGGUUUACACUUUAACAUUUAAUUAAUAUUAAUAAUUUAAUUAAUUAAUAGUUUUCAAUCGAAAAAAAAGUUAUUACAUUGAUGAAUGUCAUUAAAAUGUGGACCACAAAGACGUUUCUAACGAAAACAAAACGUGGAAACAUACUUAAGAUCGUGAGGGAGCAUUAUUUACGUGAUGAUUUACUAUGUGGUUCCGAAGCAUGUGACAUUUGCCCACACAAAGAUGAUGAAUAUGUGCUGGAUGCAAAACCUGAGUCAAUUUGUGCACUCUUUGAUUUCAAUCACUAUAUAGUAUUAGACUCAAAUGUAGUCCUGCAUCAAAUAGAUGUGCUUGAAGAUGAUGCUUUGAAGAAUGUUAUAGUACUUCAAACAGUCCUAGAAGAGGUUAAGCAUCAGAAUACAAGCAUAUAUCAGAGAUUGCUUGAAAUUAUUGGAGAUAAGAAAAGAAAGUUCUUUUCAUUUGUCAAUGAACAUCACAAAGAAACAUAUGUAGAACGUAAUCCAGGAGAAAAGCCAAAUGAUAGAAAUGACAGAGCUAUUUGUACGGCAGCAUCAUGGUAUGAUAAACACCUUUCCGUAAUCGGUGCAGCUGGACAAUGCCCACAGAUUGUACUGUUGACCGAUGAUGAAAAUAAUAGGAAGAGAGCCCAAGAACAAGGCAUUCUAAGUUGCUCAGUUAAGGAUUACAUUGAGAAUGUAAAUGGAUUUCCGGGACUAGUAGAUAAGUUAUCCAAGAAUGUUAUGCCAGAGAGUUGCACUCGAGAUGCCUUGUAUCCAGCUCAUUUGACGCCUUCACAGAUACAUGGAGGCAUCAGAAGUGGGAUAUUGCACCAAGGCACAUUUCAUGCAUCUAGAGACAACGUCCUCGAAGGGUCAGCUACUGUCUCUGGUUAUGAAAAAUCGAUAUUACUCCAAGGCCACAUCGGUAUCAACAGAGCCAUUGAUGGUGAUGUUGUAGCUGUAGAGAUCUUCCCCGAAGAUCAAUGGAGGAAACCCAGCGAUAUAGUGCUAGAAGACAAAGCUACCGAUGAUCCUGGCGACGUGUUGGACGAGGAGAGCAUCCUGGUGAACACGAAUGCGGAUGAUGAGAUACAGCCAACGGGGAGAGUCGUCGGCAUCAUAAAAAGAAAAUGGCGGCAGUACUGUGGAAUAUUGUUGGCCAGCAAGUUUCCAGGUGCGACACGUCACCUAUUUACCCCCGCCGAGAAACGAAUACCGCGCGUGCGUAUCGAGACCCGCCAAAGUGAGCUGCUUGCGGCGCAGAGGAUACUGGUGGCCCUCGACUCGUGGCCCAGGAACAGUCGCUACCCGUUGGGACAUUUCGUGAGGGCACUCGGACCUAUAGGUGACAAGGACGCGGAGAACGAGGUGAUACUCUUAGAGCACGAUGUGCCCCACGCCAGGUUCAGUGAGGCAGUGUUGUCUUGCUUACCACCUGAUGAUUGGACCAUCCCUGAAGAGGAAAUAAAGAAGCGCGUAGAUCUCCGAGGCGUGUGUGUCUGCUCGGUGGACCCGCCCGGCUGUACCGAUAUCGAUGACGCUCUGCACGCGAGGCCUCUGGCAGACAAGAGCAGCGAGGGCCUCAACAAGUACGAGGUGGGAGUCCACAUCGCGGACGUGACACACUUCGUGAGGCCCAACACGGCGCUGGACCAAGAGGCCGCCUCGCGGUCCACGACGGUGUACCUCGUUGGAAAGAGGAUUGAUAUGGUCCCAGAUUUGCUUAGUUCCAACCUUUGUUCACUGCGCGGUGGGGAAGAGAGACUUGCGUUCUCUUCGGUUUGGGAAAUUGAUGAAAACGCGAACGUGCUGUCUACAAAAUUCCACAAGAGUGUUAUAAAAUCGCGGGCCGCCAUGACCUACGAGCAGGCUCAGAUCGCCAUCGACGACGCAUCCCGCAGAGACGAGGUGGCCUCCUCCCUCAGGAUACUGAACACGCUCGCCAAGAAACUGAAGCAGAAGCGGAUGGACAACGGAGCGCUGGUGCUCGCCUCGCCCGAGAUCAGGUUCGAGGUAGAUUCGGAGACGCACGAGCCAUUAGAAGUGCAAGCCAAACGCAUGUUGGAGACCAACUCGAUGGUUGAAGAGUUCAUGUUGCUGGCCAACGUGAGUGUGGCCAAGCACGUGGCGGCCGAGUUCCCGCAGUGCGCCAUGCUCCGGCGACACCCCGCGCCCCAUCCCGAUAACUUUGUGGCCUUCCUAAAGGCGGCGAAACAACAGGGUUUCGAAAUAGACAUCACAACUAACAAAUCGUUCGCGAAGUCCCUGGACGAGGCCGUGAUACCGUCGCGGCCGUUCUUCAACACUCUGCUGCGCAUCAUGGCCACCCGGUGCAUGCAGCAGGCGGUCUACUUCUCCAGCGGGACCAUCGCGCACGAACUGUACUACCACUACGGACUCGCGUGCCCUAUUUAUACGCACUUCACGUCCCCGAUACGUAGGUACGCGGAUGUAGUCGUCCACCGCCUGCUGGCGGCCAGUAUCGGCGCGGACCAGACGCACGCCUCCAUCUUGGACACCAAAUACGCGGUGUCGCUCUGUGACAACCUCAACUACAGGCACCGGCAGGCGCAGUACGCGGGCCGCGCGUCCGUCGCCAUGAACACGCACAUCCUGUUUAAAAACCGAGUGGAGAUAGAGAACGCAGUAGUGCUGGCGGUAAAACGAAACGCGCUUCAAGUGCUCAUACCAAAGUACGGACUCGAAGGACCUCUAUUUUUGCCUAGCGACAUGUUUACCUAUAAUGACGAGGAGCACAUGCAGAUUUGCCAAGGAGUAACGCUGAAGACUUUCGACGAAAUAACCGUGAGACUUACUCUUGACAGCACAAAUCUACAACACAGGAAACUGGUUUUCCAAUUAGUCGAACCAUUUAUAGCGGGCUUUAGCUACGUUGACGACAAGAAGGGUGACACUGACAUUCAAAUGACAGAAUCAAAUGUAAACGUCAAUGAGACUGUCACAGAUAAUAAACAGAAGAGGAAAGUCGAUGAAAUGAAGACAAAGAAGAAAAAGUCCAAGAAAUGAUCUACUUGUGUAAGAUUUAAAAGUUAAUAAAAAGGUUUCUAUAUUUUU